GUGCUGCAAGAUGUUCCCAGUAAUUUCCAGCCAUUGCCUUUGGUGGGGUGGGCUUCAGAGGAGAAUCCGCCUAAACCAAGCAGUGUUAAGCAGGCAGCACUUUCAGCAUAUGCACAUCAGAGUUGGAGACCGGGCUGAACUCAGCAGGGCUUUCACACAGAGGGACGUGGCUACCUUCUCAGAAUUAACGGGAGAUGUCAAUCCUUUGCAUUUAAAUGAAGAUUUUGCAAAACACACCAAGUUUGGAAAGACAAUUGUACAUGGAGUUUUGAUCAAUGGACUUAUUUCAGCUCUACUGGGUACUAAAAUGCCAGGGCCAGGUUGUGUAUUUCUUUCCCAGGAAAUUAAAUUUCCAGCCCCUUUAUAUGUUGGAGAAGUUGUUUCAGCUUCUGCAGAAGUGAAAAAGCUGAAGCGGUUCAUUGCUAUUAUUGCGGUGUCAUGUUUUGUAAUAGACAGUCAAAAGACUGUUAUGGAAGGCUGGGUUAAAGUUAUGGUCCCAGAAGCUCCCAAAUCCUGAAAUAUGUGUUUAAAGAUGCAAAUUCAGGCAUUAAUAUUAUUGUUAUUGAAGAGUCUCUGAGGAAAACAGGGAUUGCUGCUUUUCACCAAGGUGUGGCUGAGAGAUCCAGAACCCCAUACAGGGGGAGGGGAACAGGUAGAGGGGUGUUCAGAUGUCUACUUUCCAAUUUGGCCUUAUGCUUCACACGGAUGUGAGUAUAUUCAUCAUUUGUCUAGGUUUUUAAAAAUGACAAAAGUAUUGGGAAAUUUUUCAUUUAGCUAAAGGUUCUGCUUUUAGGAUUUGAAACCUAGUUAGAUUUGCAUAAAAGUAAUAAACCUACCUAUAUCUGUGUAGAAUAUAAGUUUCUCACUGCAUUUGUAACUAGCUGGCAUUUAAUUAUUGAAGGCAACAAUAGAAGUUGGGUCAUCUUUGAGCACCUACCUUUUACCGGUAAAUAUUCUUAGUUCCUGUUUUUCAGCAGUUUCCAGGUCAGAGUUUAUUGUAAUUUGUUACUGUUUACACCAAGCUGGCAUCUUGCUCAACCUUCAGUGGCACUUGCCUUUCACAUGGUUUUCCUGAAUUGAGAGAAGGGCUUGUGUGCAGGUUUGGACUCAGUUAUGUAAAAUCUUUCAGCCUAGCUACAAGUAGCUAAGCCGAGGCCUAGCCUGUGAAUAGUAGCUAACUGUUAUUGUCCAUUCUCCCCUGUGAAUGAGAUUAGAGGUUGUCCAGAGUUUAAAGCUAACUGGCCCACAGUUAAACAGAAAACAGACCAAUCUUUCAGGACGUCAACCAAUCUCUAUUGGUAUUCUAAACCUGGAACAGAUCUUGAAUGCAAAGUUUCUAUUUUAGUAAUCCAGAUUAUUUUUUCCCUCCCUUGAAAAUAUUGUGGGUUGUUCCCCUCCAUUAUAUAAAUAAUGUUUGUGUGUUGUAAAAUAUUAAAAGAAAUAAAAAGUAUAAGGAACACAUGGAGGCCAACUUCUUAAGAGCUGAGGGGUAUUGAAGACAUUGUGCCUCAUGUGUUAGUACUAAAUGGUCAUCUCCAACACAGCCAUCACUUUUAAGACAAGAAUCUAUAAUGGAACAUACAUGUGGUCUACCUGUGCUCUGUGGUUUUAGACAGUGUCUCUAAACCACAGCUAGAUGCUUUGAUCAGGAAGGUAAGAUCAAGUUUAAUUGGUUGGAUCAACCCAUGUUACCUGGAAAAAAAUUUUUUCUCCUGCUGGUGGAUCAGUAACUAGAUUAUUUAUUUAUUUAUUUAUUUUACAUCAAGGGAUCAGUUAAAUGGAUUACUAGAAAGAAUUAUUCUAGUCACUAGAGGGCAGUGAUGCAUAUAAAUAAAGUGUUUUAAAAUGGUUUAAUAUUGUACCAUACUCUAGUUUGUGACGGUGAGAUGAAAAGACCAAAAUCCAUGUGAGAAGCAAGGAUGCCAUUCUCAUGAGUUUCAGAACAGGCAGCAUGUGCAGGCUCAGAUCCACCUGAAGAAAGCUUAUUUACAAGUGAAAUACUACACAUGCUGAAAAUUUGAUAUAACACUGGAAAAUGAAGUGGGGAACUUGAGGCACAAAAGAGGGACUCGAAGCCGAGACUGCCUACUCCUGCAGAACUCAUUCUCUGGCCUUGGCAGCAGUCUUGAAGUAGAGUCCAUAAAUGGAGGGUGCUGUGAUCAUCAACACUGAUAGCUACUAUUUUUUCAAGGUCUGAUGAGCCAAUUUUCUACAUAAACUAAUCCUUGAAACAACGUUGUGAAGUUAAGUUAACGUUGUUCCAUUUUAUAGGUAAGAAGACAGUCUGAUGCUGUGUGACUUGCCCAAGGUUGUACAGUUAGCGUGCAGUAGAGCUGAGAUUCAAACUGGGGCCUGCCUUGCUCCAAAGCAUUUCUUUUUUCUAUCACCCUUGGAUCUUACAAUGUUCCUAUUACAGGAGCACUGUCAGUUUCUAUAAUAGUAUCUUGUUAUGUGGCAUUAAAGUAUUUGGAACCACCA